UCUAUAAUUACUAAGUCACUGUGAUUUCCGGUAUUCUUCCGUUAUGUAAGUGAUAAAGAAACUAGAUUUCUAUGUGAAUUUUCUGCGUUCAUGCUUUAUAAGAUUUUGCCAAGAUCGUCAAUGACACAGUUGUUAUUCCGUUCCUAUUCCGCUGGUCAUUUGCUGAUACUUGCUAAUUUCCUGAGACAUCCUGUGGCUGGUAUUUUUCUGAUGGGGGAGAUGUCAAGUAAAAUGAACAUACCUGAACCAGACGAGGCCAUGAAGGGUCGAAGUACAAAGUUGGUUGUCUCCCCUACCCAUGCUGUAAACAAAAACCCCACAGUGCCUCCUUUUCCUGAUGAGAUGCAGUUUGCCAUGUUCGGAAUGGGCUGUUUUUGGGGUGCAGAGAGAAAGUUCUGGAAACACUCUGGAGUAUUCUCAACUCAGGUAGGAUAUGCUGCUGGUUAUACCCCUAAUCCAACGUACCAAGAAGUCUGCUCAGGAGCCACAGGACACAAUGAGGUUGUUCGGGUUGUCUUCGAUCCCAAGAAAACAGAUUAUGCAGAAAUUUUGAAGUUGUUUUGGGAGAGUCACAAUCCCACACAGGGAAUGCAGCAAGGGAAUGACCGGGGAACACAGUAUCGUUCGGGGAUAUACUAUUACAGCAGUGAGCAGCGAGACCAGGCUCUGGCCACCAAAGAAGCAUAUGAGAAAAAAAUUAUGCAAAAUGGAUAUGGAAAAAUAACGACUGAAAUAUUGUCAGCACCAGAGUUUUACUAUGCUGAAGACUACCAUCAACAAUAUUUACACAAAAACCCUGGCGGGUACUGUGGACUUGGUGGAACUGGCGUCUCUUGUCCGAGGGGAAUCCUUAACUCCAAAGCAAAAUCUGAAUUAUGAUGCCUUAACUUUAAAAAAGUCU